AUGAAGCCAUCUAAAGUCAUUUGCUUCUGGCAGGCAUUCGCCGUGGCUGCAGCGAUGUGGGCGCGGCAGUUUCACCCCGGCGGUAGGCCUGCUGCAGCCCAUCCCAGCGGUAGAGUUUUUAUGCCUCGCUUUUCUUGGGAUUCCCAGGAGUUCCCGACUGGCGAACACAGUGCCGCGUGGGGGAAAGGGGUCCUACGUGGCCAGCAGUACUUCAUACCUAAGCACUCCGGCACCUCACUGCCAGUUAUUUUGCCGAUAGGCACGCAGUACAUUGACGCUUCGAAAGAAUUUGUAGUGGGAAUUCAGUCUUGUCCAGCUGUGUCAAAACUGGAGGAGCACAAUAAACAGGAUGUGGCAGAAUCGACUGCAAAGUUUGGAGAUGACAGGAGCGUUGGAGCCAAGCCGUUGGUAAUGCACUGCGAGCUCCUUCUUUUCAAAUAUGACGCACGCACGGGGAAGCAUGCUGCUACAUUCCGAUCCGUCUUUGACGGGGGAGGCAGAGGAACAGUUAUGGGCUUUUACGUCAACGAGCCGAAAAAUGAGCAUUUUCCACAAGCGAGCAACACUGUUUUGCUUUGGUAUUGGGGUCAGUGGGUUUCGAAAAGCAUGUCCGUCUGCACAGCAGGGGAUAAGGCAUAUUUUCGGACCAACGGACCCAGUGGCGCUGACGCAGACUUGCUCGAUGGCCAAAGCUAUCGGCGGGCAUUCGGCGGCACAGACGACGAAGUGAGGCGGAACGCGCACCUGACAACAGCUUACAAUCUCCCUGUCGGCGCAAGACUCUGCAGGCAGAAAACACGAGAAAAGGACUGGAACACGGCCCCAGAUCCUGCGAGAAAUGUCAGAGCCAUGGACUUGGAAUUCGCUUCGUCGAACUGCGUUGAACUGGCUAACACCGCGAUGCUCCCCAUAGACUCUGUCUCUUGCCAUGAAGUUCCGUUUGAUCCAGAAGUUCCCUUAGGGAGAAUCAUCGCCGCCAGCUUCCCUUUCGACAGCGCAGAUCCAGGCCUCCACCAACCGAAGCAAGACUGGUCGACAUUCAACGUGAACGGCAAAGCAAUAUACAGAGGCAUGCGUGUUGUGUUGCACAGAAGUAAAUUCAACCCCAAAGUGAUUCGGAUGGAACACCCCGUGGACGGCUACAAUUACUAUAUGCCAUAUUAUCAUAUGGUGGCAGAUGAGAAGACUAGUUAUCCGUGGAAAUCCUGCGCAGUGAGCGAAGUUACAAUCAGACCCGUGCGCAUCUCUCAUCACCCUCUGUCCUGCGCUAGAUGCGAGGACUUCGGCUUCGGCUACAUGAACAGUAAUACACGCUUGUUGGUUUUCUGGUGCAUUGACUCGCUGGCAUCAUCGGAGCGUCUCGGCCCCGGUCUAGUACUCCAUGAAAUAGUGGUCGGUAAGCGAUCUCUCGUCUUCUCCCUCCACCACGAUGCGAAAUUGCCUUCCUCUAUGCCUUACAAAUCUGACAGCUUCUACAACUGGUAUCGCGACGUGAACGUAGUUUCUAAGCCUGACUCAGAUAUUAUUUACGCAUUCUACAUAUGCGAUCUGUAUCCAAAGCUUGAGGACUUCCGAUUUGGUCCUGUAGCCAGUUCGUCACUCUUCUGGGGGACGUUCAGAAGUUCUGCGGCCUCAGUGAAUCAGACGCCAGUACGAGGCCGGCCCAUUAUCAGUGAAGUUUUCUCGCCGGAGUUGAGUAGUCUCGCCGUCAUUUUAGUGGACCCCGCGGAAGAGGUCUUCAUGCUCCUCUUUGAAAAUGCCAUUGACCAAUUUUUCAAUGGAAUAAUGUUCACUGCUAAAAAAGGUGGAGAGGUCCUCGAGGGAGCUGAUUUCAUGCUGCCCAACAGUACACCACAGACAUACGACAGCUCUGCGUACGGGACUCGUUUCGACGCGGGACCUGAAGGCGUCGCUUACAGAAUUCAGCUGUCCCCAGGGCCCGCUUCGGCUGAAGAGGCAAAAGACAUCAAGGCCCCCCGCCUUCCGCAGGCCUCAGCAAAGACUUUCCACCGCUUCCAUCGCAUCCAGGCGUCCAAGUUCGAGGCUGCGUGUGACGGCUGGUGGCUUCCUCCACUUCGAGACGCACCAUGUACUCCAGCAUGCUACAAAUUUCAGACGUUUCGUACCAAGACUGACGCAUCCAUCAACUCAAGCUGCCCGUGGAAAGACAGGACGCUCCGGGCAGUUCCGUGCUCAGCGUCUGGUUGUAGCUGGGUGGAGUUUGACGUGGCGGAUCCAAGUCUGGAACCUUCGGUCGACCGGAAUAUCCAGACGGCCGGGGCAACGUUCUUUCCUGGCAGCCUCUCCCCCGUCACAUUCGACUUGAAACGGAUUUCGGAUAUCACGGAGAUCCUUCUAAUCUUCAACGAGACAGUCAUUGGUCCCAAGUUCGACGUUGAGCUUUCUUUCUUGAACGGUUUCGGCCAGGAGUUCAGUACAACGCGCAUUGCAACUGGUGGCAGCCAGUUCCCUGUAGAGUUUCCAUUCGACCGGACGUAUGUGAGGAAUUGCGAUUGGAAUGGACCAUGUGCGCAGAAGUUCAGGCAUACGAACGCCGGGAGUGUAGUAAAGGCUUCGUCCAUGCAGGUUUACGGCGUACAAGGCAUCGGCGUCGUGUACCACGGCAAAGAUCACCAGGCGGAACUGUUGGAAAUACGCGUAAAAGGUCGCCCAGAAUCGCUUGAAUGCCCUGAACACGGCUUUUUUACCGAUUCGGGCAAAUGUGCGCGCCCUUCUGGAUUACUUAUCCCUGCGAAACUUGGUGAUCUAGACUGCCAAGGAUUCUGGACGGACUGGGCCACGUGCGACCAUUUCUGUCGGCAGCUGCGAUUUUUCUCUCGUUCGAGAGAUCCACUGCCUGGAGGAAAACCGUGCCCCUUCGUUGAUCAUCGACCCUGCAACGAAGGGCGCUACUGCAAUGUGAAUGACGAAAAGUUCGCCUCCGUAUUGGAGAGAUUCAAAGAUAGAGAUUGCGAGUACGAGGUCGGCGAUUGGUCAGACUGUAUCAACUGCCGCGAGCUGAGGUAUACGCACAUCCUCGAGCAGGCAGCACGGCAGGGCCGCCCAUGCCCGGAAGAGGUUAUUGAAACUCGCUUUUGCAAUAGAGAGUGCGAACAACUGUUCGCUAAUGCCAGCACCGUACCGCCUACAACAGGCACGAGUGCCACCAUCACUGUUACAACGCAGCGUACAACUACCACGUCGACCUGUCCUCCCAUGAUGACAACACUGACCCAAAUUACUGCGUCUGGGAGCAGCCGUCUCGACGAGUACAUUGCUAUAGGUAUUGUGGCAGUGAAUGUUGCUCUCUUUGUGAUAAUUCUUGCGACUGGAUUUUGCUGCCUCAUAUGGAAGUCGAAACGAUUUGAAACCAGCCUCGAGACUAGACGGCACUUGCUUCAGCUGAAAAAAGAUGUUUUCCAGGCUAAGGUAGCUGCGGCGGCCAACGCAGCCGCUGCAGUUCGCAAGGACGCAACCGCACCAUCUCCUCCCCGACAGGAUUCAGUGGCGAAAGACGUGAAGCCCACUGAAGACGUUGCCUCCAGUCGGAAGAGAAAGAGGGACGACAGGCAUCUCGUAUGCCCCCGCAGUACAAAAACUCUGUUUCACGAAAGUGGCGUGAUGCCCCUACAGCCAACCCAAGUCUCAGCGGCGGGUGAACGGUUUGACCACGCCAAUGGCGCGUGA